AUGGAACCAGGGCCUAACACCGAGGGGCUGGGUAUGGAACUACCAAGGUCUGCCAAUAAAGACCGCCAUUUGUCUGCCGUCGCAAUAGACACUUGUCAGGAUAGUCCUUUUCUAGGACAUAAAACUAUAGCAGCAUUUGUCCUUGUCAAAACUGACUUGACACGUCUUGGUACAGAGGCUGAUACAGAGGCUGAUACAGAGGCUGGUACAGAGGCUGAUACAGAGGCUAUUACAGGGACUGUUACAGAGGCUGUUUCAAAGGCUGAUACAGAGGCUGAUACAGCGGCUGGGACAGAGGCUGUUUCAGAGGCUGGUACAGAGACUGGUACAGAGGCUGUUAAAGAGGCUGAUACAGAGGGUGGUACAGAGACUGUUUCAGAGGCUGUUACAGAGGAUGAUAAAGAGGCUGAUACCGAGGCUGAUACAGAGACCGGUACAGAGGCUGAUACAGCGGCUGGGACAGAGGCUGUUUCAGAGGCUGAUACAGAGGCAGACACAGAGGCUGAUACAGAGACCGGUACAGAGGCUGAUACAGCGGCUGGGACAGAGGCUGGGACAGAGACUGUUUCAGAGGCUGUUUCAGAGGCUGGUACAGAGACUGGUACAGUGGCUGAUACAGAGGCUGAUUCCGAGGCUGAUACAGAGACUGGUACAGAGGCUGUUAAAGAGGCUGAUACAGAGGCAGACACAGAGGCUGAUACAGAGGCUGGUACAGAGGCUGAUACAGAAAUAAUCUUGUUAGGGUAUUUUUAA